CAUGGCUGAAAGUUGUUAUGUACUCAGCGGUAGCGACAACUCAAGCUUCUUAAAGCCUUGUCAAGAUGCAUGUGCUGCUUCUCAAAGAGCCUAGAGAUGGAGAGUCUGGACCUGAUCCCUACAUUAAGGAGCUGGCAUCACAUGGACAUAAAGCAACCCUGAUUCCUGUGCUGUCUUUUAAGUUUGUGUCAUUAAACACCUUGUCAGAUAAGCUUUUCCAACCAGAAAAGCAUGGAGGUCUUAUAUUUACCAGUCCGAGAGCAGUGGAGGCUGUGAAGAUGUGCUUAGAAGCAGAAGAAAGAAGGGAAGAAUGGAGCAGCUCCGUGAAAGACAAGUGGAACAGCAAGUCCAUCUAUGUGGUUGGGAAGGCAACUGCUGCAUUAGUACGGAAUCUGGGUCUGAACCCUUUGGGCGAGGACACGGGCACAGCAGAUGUCCUGUCACGUCUUAUCCUCGAACGAGAGGACACAAAUAUUCCACCACUUUUCUUCCCCUGUGGCUCGAUCAAAAGAGAAGUGUUGCCCACGGCUUUAAGGGGAAAUGGAGUGCCCCUGGAGACACUGACUGUCUAUCAAACAGCUGAACAUCCAGACCUGGAGAAGAAUCUAAAGAACUAUUUCACAGAGCAGGGCGCUCCAGCCAGCGUCGCUUUCUUCAGUCCAUCGGGAGUGAAGUUUUGCUUAGAGGUGGUACAGAGGCUGUCGGGUGAACAGCUGACUCAAAUAAAGUUUGCAGCCAUCGGGCCUACGACACAAGACGCUAUGAUGGCAGAGGGCCUGUGUGUCAGCUGUACUGCAGAAAAGCCAACAGCUGAGCACCUGGCAGCAGCGAUAGCCAAAGCUCUCCAGUAACCAGCCACAGCUCCUAAAUCCAUCCACUUUAUCUUCUCUCUUUGUAUAUUCUGUGGUAUUUAUAUGAAUUGUCAUUUUACCAGAUUUAUAUGUACAUCAGCUAAAUUGCACUGAGAAAAAAACCUGGCUUUUUCUGUCAUGAGAGCCUCAAGAAUGUAAGUGAAUGUAAUUGUAAUAUUUAUGUUAGGCAUGCUCAAGAAAGUCUAUCUAGCUUUUGUUUUUGAAAAUAAAGGCUUGUCAAUGUGGUGAUGGA